GAAGAAGUAGUCAUCAUCAUCAUCAUCAACAACCCGGCUCAACCAAUGAAUGGGGACUGGGAGGAAACAUUGCUCGACAGUUUGCUACAUUUCUACUUCCUUUGGGCUUAUAAACAUUAUGGCGUCGUAGCGUAGCUGAGAAUAAGUCCCCAAACAUUUCCGCAGCUAGAAAAACCAGACCAACCACUGACUUUAGCCACCUCCUCUCGGGUCGCUCUGUGAGUACUUUCCGGUGUCCUGUGUGGUCUGACCGGGGAGAAGCUGCAGAUAUGUCCGACAACGGUGGCUUGGCUGUCGGCCUUCUGUCUUACGAGACGCUGGUUCACGCUGUGGCAGGUGCAAUGGGGAGUGUGACAGCCAUGACCGUCUUCUUUCCUUUGGACACAGCCAAAAGCAGACUGCAAGUGGAUGAGAAGCGAAAAUCUAACUCUACCCCCAUCAUCCUGGCUGAGAUAGCAAAGGAAGAAGGCCUUCAGUCUCUGUACAGAGGCUGGUUACCAGUCAUCUCCAGCCUCUGCUGCUCCAACUUUGUCUACUUCUACACCUUCAACACGCUGAAGAAGCUGACGGCAUCCGGUCCAGGCAAGUCCAGCCCCAGCAAAGACCUGCUCAUGGGGGUCGUAUCAGGGGUGGUGAAUGUGAUUCUGACCACUCCCAUGUGGGUGGUCAACACUCGACUGAAGCUGCAGGGAGCAAAGUUCAGAAACGAAGACCUCCAGCAGACCCAGUACAGGGGCAUAUUUGAUGCUUUCUCACAGAUCAUAGCCAAUGAGGGUGUAGGAACUCUGUGGAACGGCACUCUGCCCUCUCUCAUCCUCGUCCUCAACCCGGCCGUACAGUUCAUGUUUUAUGAGGCCUUGAAGAGGAAGGCAGGGAGAGGAGGGAAGAAGAUAUCCUCAGCAGAGAUCUUUCUCAUUGGAGCCAUUGCCAAGGCCAUUGCUACCACUGUGACAUAUCCUCUUCAGACAGUUCAGGCCAUCCUGAGGUUCGGCCAGUACAAAGGUGAUGGCAGGGGUGGUGUGAUCGGAAGCCUCUCAAACAUUUUCUCCCUGCUCAUGGACAGAAUCAAGAGGUAUGGUGUUCUUGGUUUGUACAAAGGCCUGGAGGCCAAGCUGCUACAGACAGUGCUGACGGCUGCUCUCAUGUUUGUUGUGUACGAGAAGAUCACUGCUGCGACCUUCAAAGUCAUGGGCCUGAAUAAGAAACUGAAGCAGUGAACACACACCCACUUGAAUACAGUACUGCAUUAGUACACUCGUCAUCAGUAGGUUUUAUCAAUGCCUACCGAUGAUGUGUUAAUGCCAGGAAUUGGUUCAGUUACAUAAAGGUUGUAAUAAGAGGUGGUACUGGUGCCUUUUAAGGCCACAGAUUGCCACACUUGCCCAAAACAUACACCAUAACCAGAGUUUGGUGUAAUACUUGUAAUAUCCUUGCUUUUUAACUGGGUCCAUUUGUGCAGACGGACCUUGAUUUUUCUCCACCAGUGAAGCUGAAUUUUGUUACAUUUUUAUGGUAAAGGGAAGCAAAUUAGUGCCCGACUGUAUUCACAGACUGAAAUGAGUAGCUUGUUGAAUGCAGAGUUGAAGUGGCUCCUGUCUUAAUGAAAUUGACCUUUUUAGAGGUGAAAUUAAUGCACUUACUGAAAAAAGAUCAAAUGUAAUCACUUUUUAAAGACAUUCACCCGCCUACAAUUGAAAUCAUAUCUCACCAUGAAGAGAGAGAAAAAACAUAAGCUAAGAUUUUAAAACUAGUUUGGAAAAACAUGACAUUAUUUUGUACAGGAAAAGUUGGACAAUUGGGGAAAUACGGUUGUUUGCUUUCUUGUCAAGAGUUAUGGUUAGAUGAGAAGAUUGAUACCACUCAUGUCUGUACCGUUAAGCUAAAGGUGAAACUACCACCAGCAGCUGGCUAACUUAGCAUAGCACAAAGACUGGAAACUGGGGGAAACAGCUAGCCUGGCUCUGUCCAAAGUUAACAAAAUCCAACUACCAGCAACUUGUUUGUUUGCUACCUUUUUGACAGAGCCAGGCUAGCUGUUUCCAAUUGUUUCCAGUCUUUGUCCUAAGCUAAGUUAGCCAGCUGUGUUAGCUUCAUAUUUAACUAUAACUGACAUGAGAGUGGUAUUAAUCUUCAGGGGUUUGCUGCAAAUGAUAACCAAUAAGGUACCUACUUAGCUAGGUAUUGCCUUGAUCUAAGCUACUGGACCAUUUUUUACACAUUCUGUCUUAUGUUUUAACUGUGAAUUUAACUGAGUUUGAUAGAAACUUCAUAAAAGUUGUGCUUACUUAAGAUGUUGUUAUUAUUACACACAGGCAUUAGCAGUAAUAACAAUAACGGGUUAAAGGGAGAAAAGUGCAGAGCUCCCAAUCAUAUUUACAGAUUUGUGUGGAAAAGCUGCACCUACUUUUCCAGUUCCAGGUUUUGAUUUUAACAUUUAUAAUAUAUUAAGUAAAAAAGAAUUUAAUAUAAAUGGGAAUGCAUUUAACCCUGCACUGUUUGAGAGUAAAAUUUACAUGUGUACAAAUACUGCAAUAGGUGCUAAGUGCCAUCUAAAAGUAAAUGUCUAAGUAACUUCUAAAUUUGAUGACGAAAGACUGUACUAUGAACUGAUCUAAGUGCUUUAAUGACGUUAAUGAUUUACACAAACCCAUGAUGCACUUAGCUAUCUUCAUGAUUGUAUCGGCCAGUUUGAACAUUUUGUAACGCAGGUGUCUUCCAUUAUUUACCUCAGUGUCCUGUUUUGUGCAGUCAGUGCUUGCAGUAAUUUACAAUAUUUGUUUAUCACAGUACUCUUUUUCUGAUUUGGUGAAUGGAUAUUUCUGCUGCCUUUCAUCUUAAAACCAGUUGAAAGUUGAUGUACUCCUUUUGUUGCUGUUUAACUGGUUGUUUAAUGUGUGAGUUCAUUACAAGAGGUGUUGCUCUCAAUAUUACUUUGUAACAUUUUAGUGGUGUAGCCUCAUUGAAAAUAGUGAGGAUACUGACUCACACACCUGCUGUCCACAGGAACACCAUAUAUGUGCGUAUCAGUGGACUGUGUACUCACUACAAAAUUGUGUACAAAAAUGUUCCUUUUUAAAUUCAUAAUGUCAAAUAAAUGUAUAUUUCAAAUUAGGAGAAUUAAAUGUAGCUUUCACUUCCUUCUGUUUAGUGUUGUAAAAGUUAGAUACUGUCCACAUUUCACAUGUCAAAGGUGCGCUUUAAUAACACUCAAUUAUAAGUCAUUUAGGUGUGGGCAAAGGUGUUUGUGGAAAAAAUAGACUAAAGAGUGAGGUAAUAAAUGUCCAGGAAGGCAGAAAAUUGAGACUGCCCCGGAAAGAAAAUAACAUACUCUGAUGAUAGCAGGUGUGUGAAAAAGAAUUAAGCCUGAACAAAGAAAAUGUCACUAAGUCAGGAGGACCAAAUGAUCUUUAUUUAAUAGUUAAAGAGCCGAAAGCUGGUGAAUGUUGUCACUGUUAGUUAUAAAACAAUGGCAAAGGCAGUGACACAUUUGGACAAGUUACUAGACUACACCUUCCUCACAAUGACAGGACUUGACAUUGCUGAAAUGUUUUUUCUUAACAGUUUACAUGAAAAUAUUUUGUAACUGCUGAUGCAAUACUUGAAGUCAUCUUCAUUUAUUUACAUCACAAUUUUUUUUACAUAUUUUUGUUUCAAUUAAUAUACCACUGUUUUGGGCUUUAAAUUGUUUUAACCAUGGAAUAAUAAAGUUUGAGAAACAAUACUGA